AUGUCUGGAAACCACGUCAUCGGAAACAGGAAUAGCACUCCCGAGGCUAACAACACCUCGACCUUGCGACCGCCUUCUUCGAGAGCUAUUGGCUCCGGACACUCACUUCGCGCCUCAGCCGACAUGGCAUCACUCACUGGCCCUUCUCCGUCCAGCCGCAUUCGACCGUCUUCAGACUUUUACGGUCAGGCUCAGCAGAAUCUUGGCCCGAACAAUGCCGAGUCAGACUCUCAGGACAAAAUUGCUCAGCAAUGGAUUGCCGACAUCGAUCAGUACGAGACGACACUGGAGGAGAUGGCUGCCGCGACCCUCGAUCAGGAUUUCAAGGACGAGCUCAGCGCCAUCGAGCAAUGGUUCCGUGUCCUGAGCGAGGCCGAGCGUACUGCUGCCUUGUAUGCUUUGCUGCAACAGACAACCCAAGUCCAAAUUCGCUUCUUCAUCCAGGUGCUCCAACAGAUGGGCAAGAAUCAUCCGCUAUCAGGGGUCCUCUCUCCUGCUAGUUUCGACAAAGAUCCCAUGUCCAACCGUCUUAGUGAUGCUAUGAACAAACUGAAUGUCGACUCUGCCCGCAACUCCAUGGCGCGGAGCUCGGUCAUCGCCCCAUCGACCAAACGACACUCCGGACUCGAUCCCACAACCAUCAGUGCCAUGUUCCCCGACGCCGCAGCUGCUAUCGCGACCGAGAAGGCCAAAUUCACCCAGCAGACUGGAAACCCACCUUCAUCGAACCGCAACAGCAUCGCUCUGGAUCAUCGAUCAUCCAUGGCUGCCCCUUCCAUCAGUGCGCCCCAGGAUGGUCGUGAUGCCGGGCCUGCUGGUUCGUCGCCUUGGAACAGUGGCGGGAACGGAGACACCUCUGCCAAAGCAUCGUCUAGCCAGACACCAAUGGGCCAAUUCGUGCAGCCAACACCUUCAGGUGGUCUUCGAUCACCCCGUCCCCAGUUGUCGAGCAACAAUACGAUCCAGCAAACAACCCUCAAUGCCCCUGAUAAAACUCCUGCAGAUCUGCCUUUGCUAUCACCCUACAACGCUGGCAGCGGUAACUGGGCUUCCAUGGUCAACACACCAAUGACCAGUACUUUCAAUGCAGCUGCCACUGGUGGCAACCAAGCUGACAUGGUUGCUAAUGCCACAGCCAUGAAGCUUGCGGCCCUGUCGACAGUCAACAACCGGUUCGCGCUUGACGAUGUACGAAAGUAUCGUCGUGCUAGAUCCAAUGACGGAACACCGGGUCAAAACCCUGUGCCUACUGGUCCCCAGCCUGGCAUCAAUAUGCCGAAUGCUAAUGUAGUCAUGAUUAACGAGCAUGGACAAGUACUCAGCCGGGAGCAGAUCAUGGCUCUACAAGCGCAGCAGAGCCUCGGUAUGGGUGGCCAGCGUUCUCGUCCCAGCUCUCCUGGGCUCGCCAUGCAACCUGGCCUUGCUCACAUGGCCCCUUUCACCUCACCGCAAAACAAUGGCUUCCUGAGCGCAUAUGAUGUGUCAUCGCCACUGUUGAGCGCUGGCAUGCAAUCUGUCAACAUGGGUAGCCUUGGUAUGGGAGGCCAUGAGGGUUAUCUGUCAGACCAUUCUGACAUGGUCCGUGGACGAUCUCCCCGUGGGCGUCGAGGCAGCUCGAAGCCCCCGGAGGAUCCUACCGACCCAACCCUUCUACAGGACAUCCCUAGCUGGCUGCGAAGUCUUCGUCUUCACAAAUACACCGACAAUCUCAAGGACAUGAAGUGGACGGAUCUCAUUGAGCUAGACGACAAGGCCCUUGAGGAGCGCGGCGUGAACGCUCUCGGUGCGCGCCGAAAGAUGCUCAAGGUCUUCGAGCAGGUCAAGGAAGCCAAAGCCGAUGGAAAACUGGGCUAG